UCGAACCUCCGACCCGGGGACUCAUUCUGACUGAAACAAGGGGCGGGUCUUUACCAACUGAAACAUUGGAUUGCGCUAGGAAUUUUAUAGACUUUUGGGUUUUUGCCACGGGUUUGUUUUCUUUGAUUUUUUCCUUCAGCACAUAGACCCAUCUCUCUUUUACUGAAGUAAGCGAUAAGACAGACCCGGUAGAUAAAGAAGAGAAUCUGGAGGUGGGCUCGGUGGACCACCGGCGGAGCGCUGCGGCUGAUAACGCAGAAGGCGGUGGUGGUCGUUUUCUCUAGUCACUUGAAAACAGAGCUGCCGGCUGUGGCUUCUAGAGUAGAAUAAAGGCAGCCGGUUGAAUCCAUGCCUCCGACAGCAGCGGCUGGCGGAGAUAGCGAUGUUUUGGAGUAGAAUAGGCGGUGAUGAAAGUUAUGGUUGCAUGAUCGGUAUAUCAAGGAAUGUCUUUCCAAACGAAGUCGGCUAGGGUUCCGGCGAGAUUCCGGUAACCCGAUUCAGGUUCGCAUAUUAUUUUAUUAACAUUUUGCGUAUGUUCUUAAGUACAGUUCCGUUUUCCGGUUGCUUUUAACCUACAUAUGUCGGUCGACCUCCAAUACCUCUGAUUUUGGGUUACUAAGCCUAAACUUGGUUGAAGACAUCGGUGUAUGAAGAUCGAUCAGAAGUAAGGAACAUUCCCACCACCGCAAUACCACUAUUCUUGCUUCACCCUCAUGAUAUUCAUGCUCUAAUUUUGGGAUUACGAAGCAUGGUGGAAUAUCAUCGGUGACGUCGCCGUGGUGUACGGUUGCUUGCGGUGAGUUACAAUCGUGACGUUUACAGUCGCCGGCAGGGUCGGAGGUGACGGUUGUUCGGAUUGGUCGUGACGUGGUGGUAGAGGUGACUUCUAUUGAAGAUCUGGGGACAGGGAGCCAAGCCGAUGUGUGUAAGAACCUGUGUGGAGUCGUGGAUGCGGUUAGUCCGGUUAUGGGAGUCGCUUGGCCUGCGUUCGGUUACAGGGAGUACCUCUCCAUUACAUAUACAGACAAAAGCAAAUAAUUUGGAUUCUACUUCAACUACAAACCAUGUUUGUAACUAGCAUUAUCUACCUAAUAGAAAUGAAAUACCCACCGCACCACGUCCACAGGGCACUUUAGGUAUUUCAUCUCCAGGUCCUCCACGGCUCCACGUUGUUUCUUCUCCCGUGACAGCUCCCUGCCAUCUAACCCUCAACGCCUCUUCAACAACUUCUCACCAGAGUAGAGACUUAGAGUGCAAUUGUCAAAGUUAUAUCAGACUUCAAUCAAAAAUCAAAAUCAUCUGCGCGAGUUAAGAAAUUGAAAUCCAAUACCAGUCAUAAUCAUCAAAUCAUCACAACCGCAUCACCUAUCUUCUUCAUCGUGUUGACUCGUGCUCGCGGGGGACGAAGAGAGGGAGUGGCAGAGAAUACCGGCCUUAAAGCAAGUCUGAUUGCCGACUUCCGAUUAUGAUUUGGAAGCAAGUGCGAGCCAGUUUUAGUUAUUAAAUUCCGAUAUCUGGUCGAUUUCAAGCUUCUCCAGGUUUAUCGAAAUAGUUGACAGGUAAAUUUGAAAUUUGUUUUUAUCAAGCCGGGAUCUCACUAGAAGCAGCCUCUUAUUAUACAGGGUAGAGGGGUGGCAAAAUGGGUGGGUUGGGUUAGGGCUAUACAAACUGCUCGACGAUCGCUCGAAAAAUGCUCGUUUGAUUCCCUCUCAGUUUGUAAAUGAGCAGCUCGGAUCGGUUUGAUUCAAAUUCAAUCCAAGCAUGAGCAAAGCUCCAUGGAUUUUAGGGACUGCUUUCCAAUUCAAUGGGCUUUAUAUUUUCUAAUCAUUGACAUCCAAUCUCAUAGAAGCAAGAUUCAUUGCAGAUUGGGUUCUGUUGAGGCAAAAAUAUUCGUAAUGUCAUCUGAAUCGGAUAUGUCACUGAUGAUAUUAAACGGUGAUAUCACUUCAAGGAUGCGGAACAACAACAAUAUCAAAAAGCUAAUAUAUGUAGAUGGAACUACAUGCAAAGGAAAGGAAGAGGCACGUUCAAUUCACCCAUUUGAGUUUUGGACAUUUGAGCAACUACAUAUAAGACAAGAGGUUGAGUUAAGAUGUGGUGGGUUUGGAUUAGGGGAAAUUCGGGAACUGUUUUCAGAUAAGCAAAUAGUCAUGUGUGAUACUAUUGAAGAUUAUAAGGUAAAUUUAGAUGCAUGGAGCGAAGAGAUGUAUUUUGAUGUAGAUGAAAAUGAAGUUGGAUCCUUGGAGGAGCAUAUUAGAAGACUCGAAGAUCAACAUGAUUGUCUUAUGAAGGAUAAACUGAAGUUUGAAAUUUCACUUGUCGAGGCUAACAAUUAAUAUUAUGGAAGUGUCGAAAUAGCAGCUAUGAUGAUAAAGUACAAGGGAAUUUUUAAAGAUUGCGAACAUGUUAAUUUAAAAGAAGGAACGAAGUCUGAUAAUGAGGGAAAGGAUUGUGACAGUACUAAACAAAGUCAAUACAAUGAUUGGACACAGUUUUUUGCUGAAAAUGCUAAAGAAAUACUAGAUAGUAUCUCAAAAAAAUGAAAGAUGUGACUGGACCCAGUUUUUUAGCUGAACAUGCGGAUGAAAUACUAGAAAGUGUCGAAAAAACAUGAAAGAAGUGUGGUAACUAAACUGGAGAUGGAGACAACAAUUCCGAGUUUCAGUCUUGGGCUUACCCAAGAAUUUGCAUCGCAAGAAGGCGAACUAAAAAACUGUAAACAAACUGAUGUAUUUGGUUUUACGCCAUUGAGAUUAAUUUCAAAUAUUAGUCCCAAUAAGAAUGACGUUGUUUUUGA